AUGGAGGACACUACAAUGCUAGAUGGUUCCCAAGGACUUUUUGUAGAUUUGAGUUUCACAAUAUAUCCAAAUGGUCUCUCUGAAGAUGAUUUACGCGAGAUUGAACACGCCAUAUCCAAUGCGCGCGGUACUAUCAUUCCCUUCAAUGCGCCCAAAGGCCGAAUUGAGAACCUCCAAGACAUCAAUUACAUCAUCUCUGAGACGGCCGACUUUCCUGACUACCACCGCGCCCUUGAUCUCAUGAUACAUGUCGUCAAGCCAACAUGGAUUGACGCGUCGAUACAAUUCGGGAAGACCAAGAAUCCAAGAACAUACAGCCCGGACCCCGCGCUAUACAUGAACGAUGUUGUUAUAUGCUGUGGAGAUAUCCCCAGCGGAGACAAAGAAGCAAUCGAAGGCGGCGUGCUGGCAUUGGGUGGGCAGGUUUCACCAAGUCUGUCCAAAUGUGUGACACAUCUUAUCGCGCUGGACGUGGGCGAACCGCGAUGUCAGCUCGCCAUUAGUAAACGCCUCCAGCUUGCGAUUGUAUUGCCGCAUUGGUUUGAUGACUGCCUCAAGGUCGGCCGUAGGAUAUCAGAGCGCCCCUACAAGUUGCCCAACCCCGAAAUCCUGGCUGCCGCCGACGAAGCAGGCGCGAUCCCACCCACACGAACAAGCCAACAAAUCAGAGAUGCGACGACUCCUGACCCCCAUGCCGAUCCUGUACCACCGCCACCUCACCUGGAAGCUCCUCGCGCGAUCAAGGCUUUCGAGGGGAAGAGUGUCAAGCUCGGCGAAGACCUGAAUAUCAGCAGCAAGCUUAGGGGAAUAAUCACGGACAUGAUCCAGGCUGGAGGUGGCAGUGUCUCUUCGAAUAUUGACGAGGUUGACAUGUACAUUUGCAACUAUCGAGAAGGCUCCGACUAUAUCAAGGCUUCGCAAUUGCAGAAAGACGUUGGCAAUUUGGGCUGGUUAUACUACCUAAUCACACACGGUAUCUGGACAAAUCCAAUGCACCGGAUGAUGCAUUACCCGCGACCACGCCACGGCAUUCCUGAUUUCAACAAAUACAAAAUCAGCAUUUCCAGCUAUACGGGCGAAGCAAGGGUAUACCUGGAGAAUUUGAUCAAGGCUUCGGGCGCAGAAUUCACAAAGACAUUCAAGCAGGAAAACACACACCUCAUCGCGGCACACAAGAACAGCGAGAAGUGCGAAGCUGCCGUAGAAUGGGGUGUGAACAUCGUCAACCACCUGUGGCUUGAAGAUUCUUACGCCAAAUGUAAGGAGAUGCCACUCACAGACAACCGGUAUACAUACUUCCCAUCGCGGACCAACCUAGGAGAGAUUCUGGGUCAGACCGAGAUUGACCGCGACGCUACCGAGAAGAUCUUCUACCCCAAGCAAGCACAAUCAAAGCCCGCAAAAGCAAUCAAGGCAGCAUCUGCAAAUGUUCAUGGAUCGAGUGUAGCGCCAAGGACAAGUGAAGCACCUGCCGCUGAGAAGGCCAAGCGUGGGAAAUCAGGGGGGGUAGGCGAUGUACAGACACCAUUACCACCUCGACGUACCGAUGGCAAAGAGAACGACACACCAGGUAGUCGCGGGGCAAAGGACCGGGCACUGUCAAAGCUCCACGAUUCCGCACCAGACAUCGCCCAGUUUGAGAAAGAGAUGAAGCGCAGAGGGGGUGUCAUACAUGGCGGGCGCCGACGAACAGAAGAUGAAGUCGACGAUCGGUUGAAGGAACCCAAGGGUGGUCGUGAGUCCGUUUCAAGCAAACGCUCGUUUGACGAAGUCGACGAGGACGACGAGACUGAGGAUGAGAUGACGGAGCUUCCUGCGAAGAACAAGCGCGCCAAGAAGGACAAGCUCACGCCUAUCAAGUUCCGCAUGUUGAUCUCCAAGGACGAACGAUGGACCAACAACCCUGAGAAGGAGUCAAAGGACAAAGCGCGCCUCCGAGAGCUUGGCCUAUUCAUCACAGACGAUUUCAAGAAAGUAGAUUUGGUCUGUGCACCACAGCCAGUUCGGACGAAGAAGUUUAUUGCGGCAAUGGCUUGUGCGCCUACGCUGGUCUCGACGAGUUAUCUCGAUUAUGCGCUCAAGAACAACAAGCUUCCACCGGCGGAGAACCAUCUGCUCCAGGCUAAAGACUUUGAAAAGGCCAACAAAUUCCGGUUAUCAGAAGCCGUCGAGCGUGCGAAGCAGAAUAAGCACCGCCUUCUGAAGGACUGGACCAUUUUCUGCACUGAGAAGGUAGCUGGUGGCUUCGAAACGUACAAGGAAAUCAUACAAGUCAACGGCGGAAAGUGCACGCUAUGGAAGGGUCGCGGAAUGACUGUUUCUGCAUCCAAGCGCAUAUUAAACACCUCUGACAAGGAGGUUAGCCAAAACCAAGUCGAAGAUGAAGGGGAUAUCCUGUAUCUCAUAUCUGAUGCCGACAAGAAGGAGUUCAGCAAUUGGACCAAGUUCCGUGAGCUAGCCCAGAAGCACGACAUGAUUCCGCGCAUUGUAAAGACCGAGUGGUUGCUGAAUGUCGCCAUGGCGCAAUAUGUACAUUGGGAUCCGCAAUGGGAGCUCACCGAAGAACUUGUCAAUGCUGCGAAGAAAUGAUUGUGUAUUACUUAAUGGUUGACGAUUGGCAUUGGGCGAUAGGCGUACAGGCGUAGGCACAGGGUUUGGGAAGUACCCAACCAUGAAGCGUAUGGGUGACGAUGUGUCUGUUGGAGCCGCCUCUACGAUGGAAGAGGGAAAAUUGGGGGGUUAGAACUGCUGGGGCCGUAGAAGAACAGGGACUAAAUUUCGGUGUACCCGGAAGGUAUCCAGAUACUUUUACACCAAGAAGAGCGAGUCUUGGUCGGCUGUAGGCAGAAGCACGUACAUGUCACUUGUAAUACAUGACCACAUAUGAGCUUGCAGCCCAGAGGCUUGAAACGCAAUGAGUCGUGAAGUUUGUUUCAGAGCAUGCAAAAGAUGACUGUUUUGUUGUCGAAGACGGUGUUGUCUUUUGGCGUCGGUCGGUUUGCGGAGAAGAAACUAUUGGUUUCAGAUUGACAGACGCACGGCAGUGUGAGGCAGGUAGACGGC